AUGGCGUCCCAGUAUAAAUAUUUGUCACACACAGAGAGUUAUAGAAAUGUAGGAAAUUUCGAAGUUCUCGUCGUUCGGAAAAACGAGUGUGCCAAUUUGGACGACCUUCCGGAAGAGGAACGCAGGUGGAUCCAAUCAGAAGCAGCUCGGGGGGCAGGAACACGUAAAAAUCGUAACCGGUCGCUUUCCAUUUGCCUGUUGCAGGAUCAUCCGGGUUUGCGAGGCACGCCGUUGGCGAUGCUCGCGGCUCAGUGCAACAAACUGAGCAGCAAGAGUCCACCACCGUUGGCGGACGCGGCGGUCGGCAAAGGCUUCCACCCGUGGAAGAAGAGUCCACAGAGCAGCGGCAGUUCGCCGCAGCACUCGGCUGGAAGCGGUGGUGGAGGCGGCGGCGGUGGAGGAGGGGGCGGGGGUGGGGGAGGCGGAGGAUGCACGACGACCGGAGUCAGUCAAAGACCAGCGGCGACGAGCAGCGCCGGUAGCACAACGACCGGUGGAUACGCGAGAGCGCCGGUGACCUCGUGCGCGUCGACCGCGCCCCAAUACGGCGGCGACCUGUACUUUCCGGGGACGGCGAGCGCGCAACCGGCCGGCGAUCCGCAUCAUCAUCAGAGCAGCCUGCUCGGUAAGGUCGAGGGAACGACCUUGGGCUCGGUGUACGGCCGACAUCCGUACGAGUCGUGGCCGUUCAACGCGAUGCCGGGCGCGACGCACGGCGGUAUCAAAGCGAGCGACGGUUGGUGGGACGUUCACGGAGCGGCGACGGCCGGCGGAUGGCUGGACGUCGGGAGCACGGUCGGGGUCGGUGUGCAUGCCGCGCAAAUGGCCAACUACUCGGCCGACUACUCGACCAGCCUGGCGCUGGCGGGCAAUCAUUUGUUGACCACGGCGACCACCGCCGGCCACAAUCUCCUCCAAGACACGUACAAAUCGAUGUUGCCGGGAGGGCCACCGGGUUUCGGGCUGCAUCAUCACGCGGCCGCGACGGCGAGCGCGAGCGCCGGUGCCGGUAGCCCUCAGGGUAGCGGCGGCGGCGUGGGCGUGGGCGCGGCCGGCGUUAACCAAGCCCCGUCGCCGCGGUCGCAAAGACGGUACACCGGACGCGCCACCUGCGACUGUCCGAAUUGUCAAGAAGCCGAGCGACUCGGUCCGGCCGGCGUACAUCUCAGGAAGAAGAACAUCCACAGCUGUCACAUACCCGGCUGCGGUAAGGUCUACGGGAAAACGUCGCAUCUGAAGGCCCACUUACGGUGGCACACUGGUGAGCGACCGUUUGUUUGCAACUGGCUUUUCUGUGGCAAGCGGUUCACACGUUCGGAUGAGUUGCAGCGGCACCUUCGAACCCACACCGGCGAAAAGAGAUUCGCCUGCCCGGUCUGCAACAAGCGGUUCAUGCGCAGCGACCAUCUCGCGAAGCACGUCAAGACCCACAGCAGCAGCAGCAGCAGCAACGGCAGCAAGGGCAAGGGGGGAGCGGGGAGCUCGUCAGCAGAGUCCUGCUCCGACAGCGAGGACAACGGGAGUCAGCAGAGUCCCACUUCCAGCUCGGUGCCGCCGCAGCCGCAGCCGCCGCCGCCGCCGCAGCAGCCGCAGCAGCAGCAGCAGCAGCCAACGCAACCGGCCCAACCGGCUCAGGCCCAGCAUCAGCAGCAGCAGCAGCAACAGCAGCAGCAGCAGCAAGCUCUGGUGGCGGCGGCGGCGGCGGCGGCAGCAGCUGCGGCGGUGGCGGCGGGCCAGGACACCACCAACAACACCACAUCCCAGACCACCACCACCACCAGUCUCGGUCAUCAGCCGACAACGCCCAUGACCCCAAUACAGAUGACCCCGCCACCUCUGACCCCACACCAUCCCCACCACCCGCAUCUCCCGCCUCUAAUGCACCAUCCGCAUCAUCAUCACGCAACCUCCGUGCCGAACCACCAUCAUCACCACCAUCACCACCAUCAUCACCAUCACCAACAACACCAACAACAACACCAACACCAACACCAACACCAACAACAGCAACAACAGCACUCGCGUCAGAGCAACUCCUAUCCCAUGCAACAGAAUCCUGGCACGCCGGGGACCGCGCAGACUCCCUCACCCUCGUCCCCCGCGCCUGUACAUAGUCUCUAG